UAAUAUAUUGUAAAUUAAAUGUAGGCUAUUUUUAAAGUUGUUUUUUUUUUAGUAAAACGGUCAGUAUCUUGAAAGUAUAGAGCCAACUCCUACGCCAGAAAAAAGUAGCGCCCUCGUUUUCUCAUCAAACGGUGACACCUAGUGGUCCUCCUGGGUCCUGCAUGUCCGAGCCAUUGCUCCCAUGAAGCACUCCCACACUACGUAGCCUGUCAGUUUUUCUAGAGGCAGAAGAAACACGUAGCCAUUCGGGUAUGUUUGUAAACGGAGAUUCAGUAUUAACUCUUGGAGGACAGUAAGAUGACUCUCGGAUAUACUUGGUGGUGAGUGCUGAUCUGCAAUUGUUACUUCAACUUCGCAUGGAGUGUAACUGUUUCUUUAUUCAGCACAGUCCGAACAGAGCACUGAGGGGGGUCGGAAUUUACCGGUGACAAGUCCGGGAGGGAAAAAGAAAAAGAGGAUCCGCUCGCUACAUGGAGCAACUUCUUUUUUAAAGCCUGCUUCAUUUUAGUCACUAGAAAGGAAAUCAAAACUUAAAGCCUGAAGUCGAUGAAAAGGGUCUUCAGUGAAAGGACAUCCCCAGAUUUUCCCCUCCGAGUGCUUUAACCCUGAAGAACAGCUCCAGCUAUGGCGAAAAAGUACGAUUUUCUUUUCAAACUGUUACUCAUCGGGGACAGCGGCGUGGGCAAAACGUGCCUGAUCAUUCGUUUUGCCGAGGACAAUUUCAACUCCACAUACAUUUCAACCAUUGGCAUUGACUUUAAAGUAAAAACCAUUGAAGUGGAUGGAAAGAAGGUGAAACUGCAAGUCUGGGACACAGCAGGGCAGGAGAGGUUCAAGACCAUUACGACAGCCUACUACAGAGGAGCCAUGGGCAUCAUCCUGGUGUAUGACAUCACAGACGAAAAGUCCUUCCAAAAUAUCCAGAACUGGAUGAAGAGCAUCAAAGAAAAUGCAUCAGCUGGGGUCUGUCAGAUGUUGCUCGGUAAUAAGUGCGACAUUGAGGCAAAGCGGAAAGUUUCCAAGGAGAUGGGAGAAAAGCUGGCUAAAGAUCACGGCAUCAGAUUCUUUGAGACCAGUGCAAAGUCCAGCAUUAAUGUUGAGGAGUCUUUUCUGGCUUUGGCACGAGAUAUAUUACAGAAAUCAAGCAAGAAACCAGGUCCUGCAGGUCGAGAGGUGAAAAUCACCAGCGGUACAGAAAAAAAAUCCUCCAAGUGUGCUCUGCUUUAGAUACAACACCGGCCAACACAAGCGCACGUCAGUAUUACUGUGGAGAAAUACACUGCAGCAUGUUUUCUGUCUCCAUCUGCUGGGCUCACAUGUCAAAUACAUACAGGUUCUAAAAGUAUGUUUUUACACCUAAACAAUCUGUAUUCUCUUGAAAACUGUUUGUACUUUUGUUCCCCAAGAAUUGCCAGUUUAUUUAUGGAUGACUCUUCUGAGGUAGUGGCUAUAUUUCACAUUGAACGUAUUAUCUACUGCGAUAAUGACAGGAAAGGUUGAUUGAGUCUUGGAUGAACCUGAACAGAGCCCUGCUAGAACAGGUUCCUCCCAUGUUUACUACAGCUAUACAUUUUUAUUUCCCCCCUGCAUUGCUCUGACCUCUCACCAAAUUAUGAACCCUUAAGUAGCACCGUUUAUUCAGCAGUGUUUUAAAACUCUUUUCUGGACUGCUCUGUGAAAUAAAACAAAGAACACCUCAGGUGAAUGAAACCACGUCAGUCAUUUCUCAUGUGUCCACAUGCUGUAACAGCUUGUGGGAGCUCAGCAGCACCAUAGAGUGUGGAUACCUGAACUGAGCCCGAUGUGACCCAUCAGCGCUCGAGGGUUUGGGCCGGGUUCAGACAGAAAUUUAGGGAUUAUGUUUGCGUCAGUUUGGACACGUAGGUUAAACCUUGGGCUAGACAGCUGGAGCACUCAAUGUCAGCUUCAUUUAAUAAUAAGGGGGAAAUCAUCAUAUAUACUCAACCGCGUUGGGCUCAGGUCAGGUUUGGGAAUUACAUACUAUAAACUUGUUGGGUUCAGAUGACACACUCUCAGGCACGGGCUGGGUUCAGACAGAAAUAUGCGGCUCGAUCCAUGCUCUGAUUCACCAAUAGUACAUACCUGUACAGCAUGCUCUCAGAUGUAGUCUUUGACAAAUGUUUUGUAUGUUUGUUAAGAAUAUCAAGCAGAGAUCUUGUGCAUGGGCCCUUGACUGUUGCUUACUUCAGAUGCUAUAAAAAGUUUUGGCAGACAUAUUAUAGAUUGUGAUCACAUGAAUAAAAUGGCGGUAUUGGUCUUUGUUUAGCAAAGCUUUUCAUUUUUGUCAAUUCACUAUCUCCUAUUCAGUGAUUUGUAUAAUAUUACAUCAACAGCACAGACAAGGUGAUAUCCUAUUCCUGCAGUGCCAUAUGAGAAACAGGGGUCACAUUUUGAUUGUCUGCAUUUUUCAUGGUGUACAAAUAUAAGUUGUCAUGCAAAAGUCACUGUUCACAUUAAUGAGUUAAACAAAUUCACGAGGGUUGUUUGUUCAAGCUUAAACAAACACUGGUGGUAAACGAGCUUUGUUUUAAUGAAUGGAUGGACUGAGAAUGUGGAAGAUAGGAACAGAGAUAAGUGUAAUAUGAGAAGAUAAUUAGAAAGAUGAAGGAUUGACAGAUAAUGCAGGUGAAUGGACAGGAUGUGAGUGCCUGGGAAGCAGCAGUGCUCCCAUGCCCCUCAUUUUGAAUUGAUUUAGUGGGUCUUGCCUUUUAUCUGAAGUGCCUGGUUAAUCUUUCACUAAACACUACCGCACUCCAGGCAUACCAGACACCGCAUGCUCGUCUGACCCUGAGUUUUUCCUGUUCACAUUUACUGUAUUUUGAGUAUAUAGUUUUUUCCCACGUUUCUUUCACAUUCCAUCUUUUUAUACCUGCUACAAGACUUUGUAUGUAGUUUACCAACCACCUCCUUGCUAAAUAAAAAUGCAAACCUGUAUAAACAA